GGCAGCUCAGCCUCAACACGGGAUCGAUGAAGUUGUUUCAAAGAUGGCGGACUUCCUGCCGUCCCGCUCCAUUUUAUCCGUUUGUUUCCCAAACUGUCUCCUGACGAGCGGCGAGGCGGAGCAGCUGCGCAAGUCCAAGGAGAUAGACAAGUGUAUCAACCGGGAUAAGACGUACGUGAAGCGGCUGGUGAAGAUCCUGCUGCUGGGCGCGGGGGAGAGCGGAAAGUCCACUUUCCUCAAGCAGAUGCGCAUCAUCCACGGACGAGACUUCGACCAGAGGGCCAAGGAGGAGUUCCGGGCCACCAUCUUCAGCAAUGUCAUCAAAGGGGUCCGAGUGUUAGUGGAUGCUAGAGAGAAACUGCACAUCCCGUGGGGCAACCCGUCCAACCAGCACCACGGGGACACCAUGAUGGCGUUUGACACCCGCUCAGCCAUGGCUCAGGGUCACGGCAUGGUGGAGCCCAAGGUCUUCCAGCACUACCUGCCGUCCAUCCAGGCCCUGUGGGCCGACCAGGGCAUCCAGAACGCCUACGACCGCCGCCGGGAGUUCCAGCUGGGGGAGUCAGUCAAGUAUUUCCUGGACAAUUUGGAUAAACUGGGACAGACGGACUACCUUCCCAGCCAGCAGGACAUCCUCCUGGCCAGGAAGCCCACCAAGGGCAUCCACGAGUACAACUUUGAGAUCAAGAACGUGCCCUUCAAGAUGGUAGACGUGGGGGGCCAGCGCUCGGAGAGGCGGCGCUGGUUCGAGUGCUUCGACUCGGUCACGUCCAUCCUGUUCCUCGUUUCCUCCUCGGAGUACGACCAGGUGCUGAUGGAGGACCGGCAGACCAACCGGCUGAGCGAGUCCCUCAACAUCUUCGAGACCAUCGUCAACAACCGGGUGUUCAGCAACGUCUCCAUCAUCCUGUUCCUCAACAAGACGGACCUGCUGGAGGAGAAGGUGAAGCAGGUCUCCGUCAAGGACUACUUCCCCGAGUUCACGGGCGACGCCGGCAGCCCGGCCGACGUGCAGCGCUUCCUGGUGGAGUGCUUCCGGAAAAAGCGCCGCGAGCAGCAGCAGAAGCCGCUGUACCACCACUUCACCACGGCCAUCAACACGGAGAACAUCCGCCUGGUGUUCCGCGACGUCAAGGACACCAUCCUGCACGACAACCUCAAGCAGCUGAUGCUGCAGUGAGGGGGGGGCCGGAGGGUCGGGGGGGGAGCGUGGGCAGCCCUCACCCUGCCUCCUCCACCUGUACCUGAACUUGAACUGUGUAUUAAAGCCACCACUACUCCGCCAUUCCCCCCUCCACGCUUGCUCCGCCCCGCUGGGCUCCUUCACUGACUCCUCCGAGCCAGCUGAGCCCCCGCCCCGAUUCAGAACCACUGUAAACCACUUAGAGCCCGGCCCCCGGCCCCCGGCCCCCGCCCAGCUCCUCUCUGGUGGGGUUUGCUGCUCUGACCGCCAGCAGGAGGACAGGUUUGUUACCAGAUGUUGCCUUUCCUGUGCAGAACUUCCCCAGCACGGCCUUGUGUCUGACUCCUGGGGGGGGCGGAGCACACACGGAUUCAGAUAGGAAUUCUUGUCUCCAAGUCCACUUUUAGUUUUCUAAUCUACUUCCUUUUUCUAAUCUCUGAAUAUACUGUAUGUACGUACGUUUUUCCUUUAACUUAUAUUUGACGGGGUUCACACGCUGCAGAUUUGUGACUGCCGCUUGGACCCCGGUGCAGUUAUUUAAAGUGUUUAUGGGCCUUUUUGGUGAUGGAGCGCAGACACAAACAUGACCCACGUGUUGGAUGAAACCCCUGCCGUGCUAACAGAGAGUUUCUCAGGGCUGAUUCUGAACCACUGUUCUCCAAACGGAGCCGCCUCCGCGCUAACGGGGACUCCCAACAUAGACGUAUAAACGUAUCCUCCCAUGGAGCUGCUGCGAUACAUCAACGUCGCCGCCAUAUUGGAUGUUCAAGACUGCGCUGUAAACUAAUACAAGUAA